UCGGCAGUUGCCGUGUUUUACCCUAGAGGGAGUUGCUUUUCUGCAGUGGGAGCAGGGAUCUGUGUUCCUUGGAGGAUGUCAGGGGACCAGAUGAAAGGAGCUCCCAGGAUAAGCACUGGAUCACUGCUGAGGUGCUGCCCCUGCAAAUGUUUAUUCUCUUAUGGGGAAGUUGGUCUUUGAUGACCUUCCAUCUCCUUCUGGUGGCAGGGUUUUCCUGAGUAUCUCUUGGGUUUUCUGGAUCUUGUGUCUUUUCUCCUGUUUUUGUGGAGGUCUCGACUGGGCUGGUGUCAAGCAGAAGAGCAGAGAUGUCACCUUGAACCUGGCAGAUGUUUGCUGCUGAAGAGAAUGUGGAUUUUCGGAUACACGUGGAGAACCAGACGCGGGCGAGGGACGACGUGAGCAGGAAGCAGCUUCGGCUGUACCAGCUCUACAGCAGGACAAGCGGGAAACACAUCCAAGUGCUCGGCAGGAGGAUCAGUGCCAAAGGAGAAGACGGAGAUAAAUAUGCCCAGCUUCUAGUGGAAACAGACACUUUUGGCAGUCAAGUCCGGAUCAAAGGGAAGGAGACAGAUUUCUACCUUUGCAUGAACAGGAAAGGCAAGCUAGUGGGGAAGCCUGAUGGCACCAGUAAGGAGUGUGUCUUCAUUGAAAAAGUCCUAGAAAACAACUACACGGCACUGAUGUCUGCAAAAUAUUCAGGCUGGUAUGUUGGAUUCACCAAAAAAGGGAGGCCACGGAAAGGGCCCAAGACCCGGGAAAACCAGCAAGACGUACACUUUAUGAAGAGAUACCCAAAGGGGCAAAUGGAGAUACAGAAACCUUUCAAGUACACAACAGUCACCAAGAGGACUAAGAGAAUACGACCCACCAACCCCAGCUAAAAAUAGACAAAAACAGUGUCACAAUAAGAAACCACAAAAA